AAACAAGAAAAAUUAGAGAUAAUGAAGAUAAUGAAGAUAAUGAAUAUAAUGAAGAUAAUGAAGAUAAUGAAGAUAAUAAAGAUUAUAAAGAUAAUAAAGAUCAUAAAGAUAAUAAAGAGUUUAGGAGUCUUGGGAGUACUAAAGGUGUCGAUAAGACAUGCAUGAUCGAUGAACCUCAAAAAUCAUGA